UAAUAUAAAAUGUUUUAUUGGACAUUCGGCGACGAUGCCUCAACCUUUCUUAUUGCCAUACAAUUUUACGAUUUUUCUAUUAAUCGUCUAUCUACCGCGUAGCCGUACAAUUUUCAUGAAGAACCCGCAUUUAGUUGUGCUCUGAUAAUUUUCAUAUUUUGUCGAGGAAACGUGAGCGCUUUUCGUGGUGGUUUCGAUCAAACAAAGGCCAUGGGGAGUACGGCCAGCGUCACGAAAUUUUGUUCGGAACAGUUUGACGAAAUUGGACGCAUGAUUCAACAGAAACGCUCUGUGAUUGCCAGCAACAACGUUUCGACUGGACAGCGAAGCGCGUCCAAAGCGUCCGCAAUGGAAAAAGACAGACUCGGACAGUGGGGUAACGGUGACAAUGUCAUCCCCAGCAGAGAGAGCGGUUUGGAUAGAUUAAAAAACGCCGGUUUGAAUAAGGGUUUGGCGUUUUCGAUCGAAGAGAGGCAAGCGCUAGGCAUCCACGGAUUCCUGCCUCCCGUUGUCAAAACGCAGGAAGAGCAAAUUUUCCACUGUAAACAAUGUCUGGACAGGCUAGACGACGAUCUCAACAAGUACUUGUACUUGAUGGGUCUUCUUGAAAGGAACGAAAAGUUAUUCUACAGGCUAGCUAGGGAAUAUAUUCAGGAAAUAAUGCCGAUCGUUUACACGCCAGUUGUCGGAUUGGCCUGUCAAAAAUUCGGCCUAGUUUUCCGCAGACCCAGGGGUCUCUUCAUUACCAUCCACGACAAGGGACACAUCUACGAUAUCCUAAAAAAUUGGCCGGAAACUGAUGUCCGCGCGAUAGUGGUAACAGACGGCGAACGUAUACUGGGUCUGGGUGAUCUGGGGGCCUGCGGCAUGGGCAUCCCUAUAGGUAAACUGGCGCUGUACACGGCCUUGGCGGGAAUCAAGCCGCAUCAGUGUUUGCCGAUCACCAUCGAUGUCGGCACCAAUAAGGAAGAGUUCCUCAAGGACCCGUUGUACAUCGGUUUGAGACAAAAAAGACUGAGAGGGGCGGAGUUUGAAGAGCUGAUGGACGAGUUUAUGGACGCGGUCGUGAGACGAUUCGGUCAAAACUGUCUCAUACAAUUCGAGGAUUUCGGCAACACGAACGCUUUCCAUUUCCUGGAAAAAUACAGGAACCUAUACUGCACGUUUAACGACGAUAUACAGGGUACCGCGGGGGUGGCGGUAGCAGGUCUACUCGCCUCCCUCAAGAUAACGAAAAAACGACUGAGCGACAACGUAAUCCUGUUUCAAGGUGCAGGCGAGGCCAAUCUCGGUAUUGCCGAACUGUGCGUGAUGGCUAUGGAGGAAGAAGGUACGUCGGCGGAAGAAGCGAGAAAGAAGAUCUGGAUGGUCGAUUCCAAAGGACUGAUCGUCAAAGAUAGACCGGAGGGCGGGAUCACGGGCCACAAGGCCGUCUACGCGCAGAACCACGCGCCCAUGAAGUCAUUGGCCGAAGUCGUGAAGACUGUGAAGCCGUCGAUGUUGAUUGGAGCGGCCGCGGUGGGCGGGGCUUUUACGGAAGAAAUUCUGCGCGAGAUGGGCAAAAACAACGCGCAGCCGGUCAUCUUCGCGUUGAGCAAUCCUACGUCCAAGGCGGAGUGCACUGCCGAACAGGCGUACAAAGCGACCAAUGGAACCUGCGUGUUUGCCAGCGGCAGCCCCUUCGACCCGGUCACAAUCAAUGGAAAAACUUUCCACCCGGGCCAGGGAAACAAUUCGUACAUAUUCCCCGGAGUCGCGUUGGGUAUUAUUUGCGCGGGGAUUAGGAACGUCGGCGAGGACCAUUUCCUGAUGGCGGCCGAAGCGUUGGCAGAUUUAGUGACCGAUGAAGAUCUCGACAAGGGACGCAUUUACCCGCAUCUGUCGAAAAUAACUGAGUGUUCGGUGAAGAUUGCCGUGAAACUUUUGAACUACGCCUACUGCAAGGGAAACGCGUCGGUAUUUCCGGAACCGGAAGAUAAGGAAGCGUUUGUGAGGGCCCAAAUGUACAACACCGAUUACGAGCCCGCCGUUCCAUGCGUAUACUCUUUUCCCAAGUAAUAAAAUGUAUUGAGAUAAGCGCGGUACAGAUAUAUUGCGAUAUGUUGUGGUAUGAUUUAAAUUGUAUAUUUUGAAAUUUUAAUAUAUGUGAAUGUUACCGGA